AUUAAAUAUUAUAUAUGCUCUAAGAAUACUACGAUAAGAAGGUCUUGUUUCUUACAGGAUGUACAGGUAGAGAUGAAAUAUGAUUUAAUAGGGUUUGUUGGUAAAGUGCUUUUAGAAAAGACCUUACGUUGUAUUCCAAAUAUAGCAUACAUUUAUGUGUUGAUAAGAUAAAAAAAGGGAAGCAAUUUAGUGGAAAGAUUUAAAAGAGAGAUUUUGGACUCUUAAGUAGUAGAGUGAAUAUAUGUAGUGCUUUGAUCGUUUGAGAAAGAUACAUGGAAGUGGUUUUGAGUAAUUCAUAAAGUAAAAGAUUUAUCCAAUAGAAGGUGAUAUGUUAAAGGAUGGGUUGGGUUUAUCAUAAAAUGAUAAGGAAUUAAUAAUUAAUAAUGUGAAUGUAAAUAAAGAUUGAAAUAGAUAGAUCGUAAUUAAUUGUGCAGCUAGUGUAGAUUUUAAUGCUAGAUUAGAUGAUGCUAUAUAAAUCAAUGUAAGAGGACCUUAAAGAUUUAUAGCUUUAGCUUAGAAAAUAAACAAUCUAGAAAACUUUAUACAUAUAUCAACUGCAUAUGUAAAUUCUGAUAAAGAAGGUUAUAUUGAAGAAAAGAUAUAUAAUCCAAGUUAGGAGAAUUUAGAAUAGUUAGUAACUUAAUUGUUGAAAACACCAGUAAGUAUUUUAGAAAAAAAUGUAAAAGACAUAAUUGGAGAUUUUCCAAAUACAUAUACAUUUACAAAAUGUAUUGCAGAAAAACUAUUAGUUUAAACAAGAUCUCCUAAUUUUCCAUUAACUUUAGUAAGACCAUCAAUAGUAGGAGCCUCUUGGAAAGAUCCAGUUCCAGGUUGGAUUGAUAGUUUGGUAGCUAGUAGUGCAAUUUUCUUUUUUGUGGGUUUAGGAUUAAUAAAAACAUUAAAUGGAGAUGAAUGUUUAAUUGGAGAUUAAGUUCCUGUUGAUUAUGUAGCUGAUUUUAUUCUAACAACUGGAGCAUAUUAAAAUGGUUAAAAAGAAGUUUCUGUUUAUCAUUGUUGCUCUUCAGCUAAAAAUCCAAUGACAUGGGCUUUAGCUAAAGAAGUAAAUGCUUAAUUUUGGACAAGAUCUCCAAGUUCUCAAUAAUUCUCUAAACCAAACUUAACUUUCUAUAAAAAUGAAAAAUUAUACAAACUUAUGACAAAAAUAAAAAAUACACCUGCUUUAAUGUAUUAUUAGAUUGCUAAUCGGAUAGGAAAUAAAGAAAUGAAAAUAUAAGCAAAAAGAUUAAAGAAAAUAAUUGAUAGAGCUGAAUCCAUUAAUGAAACAUUUAAACCAUUUGUAAUUAAUGAAUGGAUAUUUGAAAGUUCUAAAAGUAAUUUAUUAGUAGAGUUUUUGAGUGAAUCUGAGAAAUAACAUUUUAAUGUUGAUAUUGAAAAAUUGAAUUGGAGAAAAUAUUUGGAAAGAUUUAAUUGGGGAAUUUAGAAAUAUAUACUAAAAGAUUAAACAAAAGAAUUAAAUUAAUAAAGUACUGAUGUUUUAGCAUAGAGAAAUCAAUAAUCAUAUUUUAGUGACAUUGAAUGGUGUCUAAAUAAUGGAUAAGAUUUUAAAACUAAGACUACAAAAGAACAAAUAAGUUUGGUAAUGAAUUCUUAAAGAGUUUAAUCAGUGAUAAAAUAAUUAGUAGAAGAAAAAGCAAAGAAAUAUUAAUCCGCUACUCUGAAUUUAGAUAAAUUUCAUUAAAAUAUAGAAAAACAGGGAAUUGAUAUUUGUGAAGUAAUGUUUGCUAAUUAUAAUAUGGGAGUGAUACGUAUAUUUGCUUGGUUUAUAACAAAGGUUUUUAGAUAAAUCUAUGAAAAAGUUUAAAUAAAUGAAUAAGCUUUAUUAGAAUUACAAAAUUAUAAUUAAAAAGAAGGAGGACCAUUAAUAUUUAUGCCAACUCAUAGGUCUUAUAUUGAUUUUAUUAUGGUAAAUAAAUAUUUUAAUUAUGUUAGUGUUCAUAUGUUUUCUUUUCAUAUAAAAUUAAAUGUCCACAUAUUGCAGCUGCUGAAGAUUUUCUAUAAAUGUCAAUUAUACCUAUAAUAUUAAGAGCUUCUGGUGCUUUUUUCUUAAAGAGAAAAUAAUUAGAAGACAGUAUUCUAUACAAAGCCAUAUUUUAUGAAUAUGUUCAGAGAAUAUUGAUAGAAGAAUGUUAUUUAGAAUUCUUUAUUGAAGGAACAAGAUCUAGAACAGGUAAAACAUUAAAUCCUAAAUUUGGAUUACUGAGUAUAGUAUGUGAUGCAGUAUUUGAUAAAAAGAUUUAAAAUGCAACAAUAUUACCAAUUACUAUAAAUUAUGAAAAAGUAUUAGAAGCUGAUACAUAUCCUUAUGAAUUAUUAGGAGAAGAAAAAGUGAAAGAAUCUUUAAUUAGAGUUAUAAAAGCAUUAAAAAUAUUAUCAUCAAAUUUUGGUAGAAUUCAUAUUGGAUUUGGUAAAAUGAUUUCAGUAAAAGAAUGGUCAAAAUAAUAGGGACUAGAUUCAUUUGAAAAUAUGAGAGAUAGAAAAAAAGCAAUAGAAACAUUAGGAUAUGAGGUAGCAUAUAGAUUAAUUGAGGAAAUGGUAGUUAUGCCAACUGGAAUUGUAUCUUCAUUAUUAUUGAUGAAUAGAAGAGGUAUUACUGAAGAUUAAUUAAUCAAACGAUUUGAAUGGGUUUUAAGAUAAAUAGCAAUUAGAGGAGCCAAGACAUCUGUUACUAAUAAUGGUUAAAGUGAUGUAACUGUAAGAAAUUCUAUUGGGUUCCUAUAAGAUUUGAUUAAUAAAAAAAAGAAGAAUGUAUUUGAAUUGACUUUAAUUCCAAAACAAGAGUAUAAAAGCAUAUUGUUGUUAAGUUAUUAUAGAAAUUAAUUAGCACAUAUAUUUUUUAGUGAAGGAAUUGUUUGUUCUGCUUUAAAUGGGUUUGGACAUUUGUUAUCUCAUACAGAAGGUGUAAGUGUAGAAAGAUUAUGGGAAGAAAGCGAUUUCUUAUUAAAAUUAUUGAAACGAGAAUAUGUUAUUAGAAAUAGAAUUACAAAUCAAGAAUAAAUGAUUGAUUUCAUAUCUUAUAUGAUUGAUAAAAAUGUUUUAGAAAUGGUUUCAGAUAAAAUUAGAGUUAACUAAUAAUUUGGUGAAUAAGCAUCUCAAUUUACUUGUUCAAUUAUAUGGCCCUUAGUAGAGUGUUAUUGGGCUACUAUAGUUUAUUUAUAUUAAUUAAAACGUGUUAGUGAAGCCAAAACUUCAUUUGAAUUAUCAGAACUUAUUGCUUAGAUUUAAGGAUUUGCUGAAUAAAUGUAUGGAGAACACAUAAUGGAACAUUACGAAAGUUGUUCAAUUGAAACUAUUAAGAAUGCAAUUAAUACAUAUUCAACAAUGAGAUGUAUUAAUAUAAAUAAAAAGGAUGAUUCAGAAUAGGUGAAUAUUGCAUUCUCAGACUAAGAAGUAAUUCUUAAAAUUAUGAAUUUAAUAGUUAUUAGAAGUAGAAGCUUAAGUGAAAAAAUACCUUAAGAAUAAUUAUUCUAAAUCAAUAUAAAACCCAAUAGAUAUUGCAAGAUCUUUAUUAGAUUAUACCGUUAUACCAAAAUUAUGA